ACUAACACGGCACAACAGACACGUAGCCUCUGUUUCGAUUAUAAGGGGAGAGCAAUACAUCGUCAUAGCAGCCGCCAGUGCCGUCUAUUGAUCGGAAAUCUAACGUCAUGUACUCCGAUAACCAAAGCUCUAGUUCCGCCGUCAAUCUCCACUGCUUCUUGCAAACUAUCUCCACAGCGUUUAUCUCUACAAUUUUCACCAUUAUCACCAUUACCAUUCACUAAAAAAGUCGCAAUCUUUAGCCUUUUCGCUCUAGUUCUAGAAAUUUUUCUUGGGUAUUAUUCUUUGUUUCAGAAGAGGAAGAGAUAAAAUAAGAGAUGGCUGCUUUGAGUGGCAGUAGUGUGUGCUUGAGGGAUUCUGCUUGCCAGCUUCCCCUUCCUGUUUCCACCAGAUGCUACAAGAGGAGGAGUGCAAAAUGGAGGUCUCCUCAAGCUGCUAUAAUACCCAAUUUCCAUCUCCCAAUGCGAAGUUUUGAAGUUAAAAAUAGGACAUCACCUGAGGAUAUAAAAUCGCUUAGAUUGAUAACAGCCAUCAAAACCCCAUAUUUACCUGAUGGUAGAUUUGAUCUUGAAGCAUAUGAUGCCUCGGUCAAUAUGCAAAUUGUUAAUGGUGCUGAAGGUGUGAUUGUUGGCGGCACGACUGGUGAAGGUCAGUUGAUGAGCUGGGAUGAACACAUAAUGCUCAUUGGCCAUACAGUUAACUGUUUUGGUGGUUCUAUCAAGGUGAUCGGAAACACUGGAAGCAACUCUACAAGGGAAGCAAUUCAUGCCACAGAGCAAGGCUUUGCAGUCGGAAUGCAUGCUGCUCUUCACAUCAAUCCAUACUAUGGUAAAACCUCUGUGGAGGGCCUGGUUUCUCACUUCGAUAGUGUGCUACCUAUGGGUCCAACUAUUAUUUACAAUGUGCCUUCACGAACUGGCCAAGAUAUUCCCCCGCGUGUGAUACACAGUGUGGCACAGAGUCCUAACUUGGCAGGUGUUAAGGAAUGUGUGGGUAAUGAUAGGGUGGAACAGUACACGGAGAAAGGAAUUGUGGUGUGGAGUGGGAAUGAUGAUCAAUGCCAUGAUGCAAGGUGGAACCAUGGGGCUACUGGAGUGAUUUCUGUUACUAGCAACUUAGUCCCAGGCUUAAUGAGAAAACUUAUGUUUGAGGGGAAGGAUCCUGCACUUAAUUCAAAACUAAUGCCUCUCAUAGAUUGGCUUUUCCAGGAGCCAAACCCCAUUGCAUUGAACACUGCUCUUGCACAGCUUGGAGUUGUGAGACCAGUUUUCAGGCUACCAUAUGUACCUCUUCCUCUGCCAAAGAGGGUAGAAUUUGUGAAUUUGGUAAAGUCAAUCGGGCGGGAGAAUUUUGUGGGAGAAAAAGACGUUGAGGUUCUUGAUGAUGAUGACUUCAUAUUAGUAGGUCGGUACUAGGCAGAUUUUAUUGACAAGGAUCUUUAGAAUAGGCCUUAUGAUUAUUAUGGUUUUGCAUUUUCAGUUAACAAUAAGGGUUCUUGAUACCUCGUUAAACAUGGAAGUGGAAAUGUAGUAUUUGACUUAUUGUCGCUGGUUUUGUGCUAAAUGUAGUGUGCUUUUAAUGCCAAAAAUAUCCAUUUAGGGGUGGUUGCUUGCAAA